UAAAAAUAAUAUAGAUUAUAUAUGGUCUAAUAUAGAUUCCUGAAAACGAUUGGUUGAUAAUAAAAAUGUUAAAAUUACUGUUUUUUCUAUUAGUGCAUUUUAUAUUUAAAGCGUAUUGCAAUGACGACCUAAUAGUUACUCUACCAAAUGGAAAGAUUCGCGGGAUCACUGUAACACCACCAGCUGUUGUGAAAGACAUUACGUAUUAUGCAUUUUUGGGGAUACCGUUUGCAGCGCCCCCAGUCGGACCAUUAAGAUUUAAGCCUCCACAACCUGCUAAGAACUGGAAUGGCAUUUUGGAGGCAAAUAAUAACAAGGUCUCGUGUUUCCAAACAGACCAACACGACGAUUAUGAAACCGAAGAUUGUCUCUAUUUGAGUGUUUAUACCCCUAAUAAACCUUCUAGCGGUAAACAGACUCCUGUAUUAGUGUUCAUAUAUGGAGGUGGUUAUGUACAUGGACACGCGACAUAUGGCUCUAAGUCUGUAGCUUUCUUAAUGAAGGAUGAUAUCACAGUUGUUACAUUUAACUAUAGAGUUGGACCUUUUGGAUUUCUAUCAACAGAAGACACUGUAGUUCCUGGUAAUAUGGGUCUUAAAGAUCAGCAAUUGGCUCUGAAGUGGGUGCACAAUAACAUUCAUCUUUUCGGAGGUGACAAAAAUAAAAUAACGAUAAUGGGCCAAAGUGCUGGAGCAGCAUCAGUUACAUACCAAUUGCUAAGUCCUGGAUCGGCUGGCUUAUUUUCUGCUGCGAUAGCAAACAGUGGUUCAGCUCUUUGUAAUUGGGCUCACCAAAACAACGCUUUAGAUACAGCGUAUGGCAUAGCAAACGAAAUUGAUCCUAACUUUGGACGAAAAAAGACCACCCAGGAAUUAUUGAAGUUUUUACAAAGCGUUGAUGCAUCUGCCAUCCACGCCACUUCAAAUAAAUACAAGAUAUUUGCUCCAGUUAUUGAAGUCCCUCAUGAUGGAGCCAUUAUAUCAGCAAAUAUGUAUGAUUCACUGGUACAAGGACAUUUUAAUAAAGUUCCUUUAUUAAUGGGUUUUAACUCCGAAGAAUCGAUUGGAAUGGCAAAAGAUAUAAAUGCAUGGAUAAAUCAUUGCAAGAUGUACGACGCGAAUCCCGGCGGCCUUGUUGACCCUGACAUGCAUAUUACCGACUACAAAACUAAGCUAGCAGUGGGAAACGAAAUAAAAAAUCUUUACGUUGGUCAUAGUACAUUUGAGCACGAAUACGGAAAAGGAAUUCAAUAUUUUGGCGAUAAUACAUUCAUCAGAGCAAUAAUAAAGUUCGCAGAACUUUAUACUCAGCACGUCAAGGAGGUAUACUUUUACCAAUUUUCGUAUCACGGGAAACUAGGUCAAAACGACAUAUAUAUUCCAGGAAUCGGAAGAGUGGCUCAUGCUGAAGAUCAAUGGUACUUUUGGUGUUAUUGGGAUACCUAUUCACAGUUCCCUACACCUGACAUUAUAACUAUGCAGAGAUACGUUGGGCUGUUAGCGAAUUUUGUGAAAUACCAUAAUCCCACACCGGUGGCUCAGCCAAUAUUUGACAAUGUUAUAUGGCCAGAAAUUAGAAGUCACUAUUUUGCCUAUUUGGACAUUGACACGAAAUUGAGUAUCCGAUAUAAUCCAAGAAAUUUUUCUUACAAUGCUUGGGUUGGCUUUUACGACAAAUACGCUAAGAAACCGUUCAUAUCGUAUUAAAAUGUGUAUUUUAAUAAUAUUAAAAUAAAAGUUGCUGAUAAUUGAUUAGAUAA